ACCACAGAGUCAAGCAGUACCACGUUGACCAGCACGACUGAGUCGAGUACCACCGGUUCGAGCACCACAGAGUCAAGCAGUGCCACUUUGACCAGCACGACUGAGUCGAGUACCACAGGUUCGAGCACCACAGAGUCAAGCAGUACCACGUUGACCAGCACGACUGAGUCGAGUACCACAGGUUCGAGCAGCACAGCGUCAAGCAGUACCACGCUGAACACCACGACAGAGUCGAGCACCACUGGGUCGAGCACCACAGAGUCGAGCAGUACCACGUUGACCAGCACGACUGAGUCGAGUGCCACAGGUUCGAGCACGACAGAGUCGAGCAGUACCACUUUGACCAGCACGACUGAGUCGAGUACCACAGGUUCGAGCACCACAGAGUCAAGCAGUACCACGUUGACCAGCACGACUGAGUCGAGUACCACAGGUUCGAGCACCACAGAAGUCAAGCAGUACCACUCUGACCACCACGACUGA